CUAGCAGCUCCGAGAUAAACGAUUUGCAGCUGCCGUCGAGUGACUUUCGCAGUCGUAAAGAGGUCCGCCCAGCGUCAAUCGCUGACGAGGCCAUGUACUGUGGUCCUUGGUGCGUCAUUGCCGUGGUCGCGGCCGCUGGUUUGUUGAUUCUGGGCUCAGAGGCUCAAUACCUCGAAGGCCCCGCCGACGAAAGUCUCGUCGACUGGAGAGAUGUCAACGCUUUGCGGGAUUUGGACAUGAAGAGGGCUUUCCAUGCGAUGCGCGGGAAGAAAGCAAGUCCCUUCCACGCGAUGCGAGGCAAAAAAUUCAAGAGCACGAACGGAGAUAUCAACACAAUCAUCGCCGAGCUUCGAAGACAAAUCAUGGCUGGAAAGAGAGCUGUCAAUUUACCAGGUUCGUUCUUCGGAAUGCGCGGCAAACGAUUCGGUCCUCCCGCAGAUCUUGAAGCUGAGGUGGCUGCUCCCAUCAUCGACGACACCCGGUAG